AUGUCCCUGGCCCCGGACUCCACAGUAUCGGCAUCUGGAUCUGGCCCUGAGCGCGAAAAAGACGCGAGCUCGGCCGUGCUGGGCAAGGCUCCCAUAUCAGACACCCUGACCGCGAAGCCACGCAGUUGCAUCGUAUGUCGUAGCCGCAAGGUGCGCUGUGACAAGCAGUCACCAUGUUCCAACUGCAGCCGGGCCAAUAUCCCUUGUGUCUUCCCCUCAAACAAUCGUCCACCAAGAUGGACUCGUCGCCUCGAACGCUUCACUAAUAACACCAAUCCCCCAAGUUCAGAUGCUCGGGCAUCCAUGGAUGCCAAACCAGCCUUUGGUGACCUCACGCAAAAAUUACAAAGUCUUGAAGCGCUGGUCAAAGAGCUGAGUGCCCAGCUCGGACAGGCACAAGCUGCGUUCAGCUCAGCUAGGGCUGCGUCGUCUAGACCUAAUUCUCCCGGGAGACCUCAGAAAGGCACCGAUGUAGAUCACGGCGUGGAUUCAUCUCAGGCUGCAAGCGCCGACGACGGCCACUUACAAUUCGGCCGUCUUGUUCUACGUGACUCCAACCGUAGCCACUACGUGAGCAGUGGCUUCUGGUCCCGAGUCAACGAUGAGCUGAAUGAGCUCAAAAUGAGCUUUUCCGAGCUGGCGGGAGGCGACUCCGACAGCUCAGACGGCGAGGAGCCACCUGCAUUAUCACACCCAACACGCGAACUAGCGCGGACACCGUGGGAGCGGAACGCAUUUCUAUUUCGACACAAUCUGGAUCCUUCAACUCACGACCUGCGCGAAUUUCACCCACUGCCAUCGCAGGUCCCGUUUAUAAUAGACAAUUUUGCCGAAAAUGUCAAUUUUAUGCUCCAGAUCGUUCAUGUUCCAACAGUUAGGAAGAUCGUUCGCGAGUUGAACAAUGCUGAUUUGACAAGCUUGACGCCAGCCAAUGAGGCUCUGAUGUUUUCGAUCUACUACGCAACGGUGACCGCUAUGGAGGAAGAUGAUGUAAUGACCAAUUUCGGAUGCUCAAAGUCAGACCUCAAUCUCAGGUAUCGCAUCGGCCUCGAGCAUGCUCUCGCGAAAGCCGAUUUUCUGAAUGCUCCCGAAAUCACCAUCGUUCAGGCUCUCACAGUGUUUCUAUGCCUGGCUGGCCGACACGAUAGCCCGAGGUAUGUGUGGAUGAUGACUGGACUUGUCAUUAGGAUGGCCCAGUACCUUGGCCUACAGCGGGACGGAAGCAAUUUCGAAAGUCUAACUCCGUAUGAAAUCGAAAUGCGACGAAGAGUUUGGUGGGCCGUCUGCAAUCUCGAUCUAAAGGCCUCGGAGGAUCAAGGAACAGAUCUCGCGAUCAAACACGGGAGCUCCGACACAAAGUUUCCCCUCAAUAUUAACGAUGCAGAUUUGGAUACAGGUACUAGGCAGAUGCCCACAGAGCGCGAAGGUGUGACCGAUAUGUCAUUUGCCUAUAUAACUGCUGGAUUAUGCGAUGUCACAAAACAGCUCCUGGCCUCUAAGGUGAGCACCGACGGAUUUGAUUUAGGAGAACAAAACCGUCUGGUCAACGAGAUCUACAAGAAAUUCGAGGAUGGUUACCUCCGAUAUACGAGUGAGGCAGGGAACAUUCUUUAUUGGGUUUCGGCCACCAUUGCGCGGCUUGUAAUGGCCAAGCUGAGGUUAAUGAUGUUCCUCCCCGUCCUCUUCUCCGAACCAAGCGAGCAAUUUUCCGACGAGCUAAGAACCAAGUUGAUGAUCUCGUCCAUCGAGGUCAUCGAGUACAACCACGCUCUCAAUGCUGAAGAAGGAUGUCGGAAGUGGCGCUGGAUCUUUCAGAUCUAUUCCCAUUGGUAUGCAAUCAUUUAUCUCAUGAUCGAGAUCUCUCGGCGCCCGUGGUCCUCGACUAGUGAAAGGGGAUGGGUCGCCCUCCACAGCAGCUGGCUGUUCCCCAUCCGAACCCUCGCGAACAAAAACCUGCGCAUUUGGGUUCCGUUCCGGAGGUUAAUGGCCACAGCCCGCAAGCAUCGUCUGACCGAGCUCAGUCGGCUGCGAGCCGAUCCGGAGGCAGUUGCUCGAUUGGACUUGCUAGGAAAAGGUAUUCCAUUGCCAACAAGUUCAGGACUUUCGCAAUCUGCGUCUACAGCCGACCAGUUCAGGCAACGGUGGCUCCGGCUUGUGGCAAAUCCAGAAAGACCCUCACCAGAAACACUUCAUGGCGAAACGUCCAACAAAGAGCCCUGUGAUCUAUCAGCGCGUACAACCUGCACUUGCCCCCCAACCCAAGAUCCCCCUUUCUCGUCUCAGCCCGGCUAUUUCACUCCUAAUGCCAAUUUCAAUCUGCUGUAUUCUGGUACAGAAGGGCAGACCGCUGGACAGAGUCAGGAAACACCCAACAUGGGACCUAGGGCGCCAGGGCCCCCCCUCCAGAAUUCCAACGAAUCAGUGUGGGCCCAGACCGGCCGGCCAUCGGACAACCCUUUUGUCAUAGCGCCAGCGCCCUCAGACUGGUCCAAUAUCCUUCCAUUGGAGGCGCCGGGUCCAGUAGCGUGGUUAUGGGAUGGCAGCGAUACCGCACAGGAUCCGUUCCUCAAUGUAGGUGCGGAUGACAUGGAUAUCAACAUGGAUCUGGGCGGUGAUGUGAAUUGGUUUAGCUGGGUUGAAGCCACCGAAGGGCUAGAUUGGAGUUCGCGCCCACCUAGACCCAACCCGUGA